AUGAAGUUUUCAAAAAUUCUCCUCGCAUCAUUUGCUGCUACUGGCUUUGCCCUAGAACAGAUCCGCGAGGCCAUUGUCGGAAGAUGGGAGCUGAUCGACUCAGAAAACGUCGCCGAAUACAUCAACAAUGAAAAAGGACCGAUGAUGUACACAGUCUUCGCGAAAAAGAUGACCCCGGAUUUGGAAUACAUCAAGCUCGAGGAGAACUCCUAUCUCGCGAAAAUUCACUUGACGAUGAUGCCCAAUCCAAUGAAGAUUCCAAUGCGACUGGAUGAAGAAUACGAGCACAAGAAUCCGACGAGCGAGUACGUCAAGUCCGUCCCAGAAGUUCGACAGGACGGAAUGGAAAUUAUUCUCCAGACAAAAGGGGGUUCCGAAGGACCCGUGGAACAAAGCCUCAAGAUCGUAAACGACAACCUGAUUCAUCGAAUGACGAUGCUGGAAAAGGACAUUACAGCUACGAGAAUAUACAAAAGAAAAAACACCGAAACGCUGUGA